CACCUUGCCUUAGCAAUUCGCUCAAUUAUUCAAGUGCUACUACAACCGGCCUGUCAGAAUCUGGAAGGGACCGUUCGAUCACUCUUCUGACCACGAGUAUGAGCCGAUCUACCCCCCGCAAGGCGCGGCACCGCCAUCACGCGAGCAACAGCGGUCCCCGCCAAGUGGUCGCCUCGGACUACGAGUCCGACGCUGCGCAGUACAUGGAGAACCGCGAAUCGCUGCCGUCUUCGAACCCGCAGCCCGCCCGUGACAACACCGAGCUCAGUCUGCGGGUCCUGCGCCGCUAUCAACCGAGCAUCCGGUCGAUCCUCUCCAUCGCCGCCAACGCCGUAGCCUACAAUUUCCUCGAGUCUACACAAGGGUGGGAGAAGCACGGCGCCGAAGGCACCAUGUUCGUCUGCGAGCAGGAGCCGUUUGUCUCGCACACUGGCGAGGUGGUGCCUCGCGUGUGCGUCUUUGUGCUCAACCGCCGCAGCAUGGAGAAUCUGGAAAUCGACCUCUUGAGAGUGACGGACUGCGAAGUGGUCGGGGAGCUGAUCGUUUUUCGGCUGGAGGAUGAUGCCACAGGGACCAAUAUCCAGGGGGAAGAGGGGGCAGCGGCUAAAAAGAUCCUCGGACUCUGGAUUCACGCCGACGAGACCAACACGCGGGAGGUGCACGCAAGCCUGAUCCUGGGCGCCUGGCAGCAGGGCCGCCAAGCCCUAGGUUCGUACCUCCAGGCCACGACGGCUACUGCACCGGGAAAUGGCGCGUUUGCUCCAGAUGUCCAGGCUUCUAUGGCGCCCGGGGGCAGCUCCGUUGCUGGCAAGCGCAAUCGGGACAACAUGCCAACUCCCACAGACGGUGACGAUGCCAUCGCCUCCGCUGUGAAAAGACAGUUGACCCUUGUCUCGUCAUUCCAAGGAUGGUUGGCUCGAAACAUCGGGGCCGACGGAGAUCGCAAUGACAUCAUCGCCAGGGUCCAAAAGCGGCUAGACAGCUACCGGCAGUGGCUUGAUGCUGGACAUGCGUUGGAGAGGCCAUCUGAAGAUUCUGAGCCCUGGACCAUGAGCGUUCAGGUUACCUCUGGGAGUGACGAUUCGGAGCAUGUGAUAGUGGUCACUGGGCCAGGAUCGGGUGAUCCUAUUCGAAUUAUCGCAAAGGAUGACUCGGAGCUCAAGUACCUAAUCAGCGACAGCUACCUAGGGCACAUGACGAAAAUCUGCCACGCCUUUGCCAAAGCGCAGGAUACCUUGCGAACACUACUUCGCACCGUCAGGGAAUUAGACGAAGAAACAUCCCAUCUAAGCCAACCAGCGGAAAUUACUGUCCGAACAUAUAUUCGCAGUCUCCAAGAGUACAACGACAUCAAGGAUAUUGGACAACAGCUUGUCGGCCUCAUCGCUGAGAACCGGGGUGUCCCAGUUCGGUCCCUCUACGAAGCGGGCGAGUUUGGCCUCAGCUUUCCACAGUAG